AACGCUACCAAAAUCGUUCACGGAGCCAAUAGCGUGAUAGCGAUAGCGAGCUCCGUGAACGGCAUUUAGCGUUUGCAUUACUACAGCAUCUUUUUGUAACGAGUUAGGAGUUAGGUUAUAUGUUGCGUUAAGCAAAAGCGAAAAUGGCAAAUUUAAAAGAAGUGCUAAUAACAUUAUUACUGGAAGUACGAGACCUAAUAAAUGCAUCCUCAAGUGACAGCGAUGAGGAAGAAAUUUGUCAUAUUACAACAUAUUGCAAAUAAAAGAAAAAAAGUGGCGAGAAUACCAAAUUAUGUUGAAACCAUAGUGCCUGCCUUAAGAAGUGAAGAUUUCAAGGCUCAUUUCAGGAUAACUCCUGAAACAUUCAAAUAUCUUUUAUCUAUUAUUGAGCUAAAAUUACAAAGAGAAAAAGAAGGAGCACCUAUGAUUAGUGCACGUAAACAGUGUCUGUUGGCAUUGUGGAGACUAGCUACUCCAGAUUCUUUUAGUCAAUUUCCGACAGAUUUAAUGUCGGUAGAAGCACUGCGUAACAUAUGACAAGGCAUGUUGUAAAUACGCUUAUUGAGCUGACGCCUGCUAUAAUUAAAUGGCCAACGAAUGAAGAAUAUGAGCAAAUAUGGGUAGGAUUUGAAGCUGCUAGUGGAUUCCCGAAAGUCAUUGGUGUUAUUGAUAGCACGCAUGUCAAUAUUUCAGCUCCUAAAGAAAAUCCAGAGGCAUAUGUGAACCGCAAAGGUCACCAUUCAAUCCAACUUCAGGCUAUUUGUGAUCAUACUUGCCGAUUUAUACACUAUUACAUGGGACAUGUAAGAUCUGUACAGGAUCAACGAAUUUUUCGUUUAUCAGAAGUACAAUCCUACUUAGGAGAUGAGUUAAAAUUUCCACAGGAAUGUCAUUUAAUUGGAGAUGCAGCUUAUAAACUGCAUAAAAAUCUGAAUGGUUAUUGAGAGAGCAUUUGGCUUAUUAAAAGGACGUUUCCGAAGUCUUCUUACAACACUUGCGAUGGACAGAACAGACCUAAUUCCAAAGCAUAUUCUCGCCUGUUGUGUGUUACACAAUAUAUGUACAAUGAGAGGAUACAGGAGAGGAGGAGGAAAUGUUGGAGGAUGUAGAAG